GAGGGCUCUGGGGGCGGGCGAGGGGAGGCGGGGGGUGGGGGUGGGGGUCCUGCCUGCGGGGGGAGCCGGGGCGGCCCCUUGUCCGGCCACCCCCACUGCCCAGUCCCGCUCCCGGCCGCGGCGGCCGCAGCAGCCGCAGCAGUAGCGGCUCCAGGAUGGUGAGCGCCGCUGCCCCCCAGCCCCGGCCUGUCGCCCCCGGCCCGCGCCCCGGCCCCGGGGCCGGACGCCCCCCCAGGCCGCGCACACUCACCUAGGACCCGGCCGGGAUGCCGAGCUCUGUCGAAGAUGCACUGGACACCGGAACACGCCCAGCCCCUCAACCAGUGGCCAGAGCAGCACCUGGACGUCUCCUCCACUACCCCGUCGCCGGCCCACAAGUUGGAGCUGCCCCCUGGGGGUCGCCAGCGCUGCCACUAUGCUUGGGCACACGACGACAUCUCUGCCCUCACGGCCUCCAACCUCCUCAAGCGCUACGCGGAGAAGUACUCUGGGGUCCUGGACUCGCCCUACGAGCGCCCCGCGCUGGGCGGCUAUGGCGACGCCGCCUUCCUCAAUGGCGCCAAGGGGGACCCCGAGCCCUGGCCAGGGCCCGAGCCACCCUACCCCUUGGCCUCACUCCACGAGGGCCUCCCGGGAACGAAGUCGGCCAGUGGGGGCGGCUCCGGGGGCCUCGGGGGCUCGCCGGUUUUAGCCGGGAACCUGGCUGAACCCCUCUACGCCGGCAAUGCGUGCGGGGGCCCGUCGGCGGCGCCCGAGUAUGCGGCGGGCUACGGCGGGGGGUACCUGGCCCCCGGCUACUGCGCGCAGACGGGCGCCGCGCUGCCCCCGCCGCCCCCCGCCGCGCUACUGCAGCCCCCGCCUCCGCCGGGUUACGGCCCGUCGGGGCCUCUGUACAACUACCCCGCGGGGGGCUACGCCGCUCAGCCCGGAUACGGGGCUCUCCCACCGCCCCCGGCCCCGCCCCCGGCCCCCUACCUGGCCUCCGGCCUGGCGGCGCCCACGCCCCUGCCCGCGCCCGCUCCGCCCCGGCCGGCGCCCACCUCCUACAGCUUCCAGGCGGCCGCUCCCGGCGCCGAGGGCGGCGUGUCGCUGAAGCGCAAGGCGGCCGACGAGGGCGCGGAGGGCCGCUACCGCAAGUACGUCUACGAGCCGGCCAAGGCCCCGGCGGCCGACGGCGCCUCCUAUCCCGCAACGGACAACGGCGACUGUCGGGGCAACGGGUUCCGGCCGAAGCCGCCGGGCGCCGCGGAGGAGGCGUCUGUCAAGUACGGUGGCGGCAUCCCCCUCAAGGUCUUGGGCUCUCCCGUCUACGGCCCGCAACUCGAGCCCUUUGAAAAGUUCCCGGAGCGCGCUCCGGCGCCGGCUCCCCGCGGGGUCUUCGGAGUGCCGUCGGGAGAACCCCCCAAAGGCGUGGACCCGGGGGCCCUGGAGCUGGUGACGAGCAAGAUGGUGGACUGCGGGCCCCCGGUGCAGUGGGCAGAUGUGGCAGGCCAAGGCGCGCUCAAGGCGGCGCUGGAGGAGGAGCUGGUGUGGCCGCUGCUCAGGCCGCCCGCCUACCCUGGCAGCCCGCGCCCGCCGCGGACCGUGCUGCUCUUCGGACCGCGGGGCGCGGGCAAAGCGCUGUUGAGCCGCUGCCUGGCCACGCAGCUGGGCGCCACGCUGCUGCGCCUGCGCGGAGCGACGCUGACCGCGCCCGGCGCCGCCGAGGGCGCGCACCUCCUCCAGGCCGCCUUCGCGGCUGCGCGCUGCCGCCCGCCCGCCGUGCUCCUCAUCAGCGAGCUGGACGCGCUGCUCUCGGCUCGGGACGACGGCGCCGCCACCGCAGGCGCGCUGCAGGCGCCGCUCCUGGCGUGCCUGGACGGCGGCUGCGGCGCGGGGGCGGACGGCGUGCUGGUCGUGGGCACCACCUCGCGGCCCGCGGCUCUGGACGAGGCCACCCGCAGGCGCUUCGCUCUCCGAUUCUACGUGGCGCUGCCCGACGGUCCUGCCCGCGGGCAGAUCCUGCAGCGGGCGCUGGCCCAGCAGGGCUGCGCGCUGAACGAGCGGGAGCUCGCGGCCCUGGUGCAGGGCACCCAGGGCUUCUCCGGGGGCGAGCUGGGGCAGCUGUGCCAGCAGGCGGCGGCCGGGGCGGGCCUCCCGGGGCUGCAGCGGCCCCUCUCCUACAAGGACUUGGAGGCAGCGCUCGCCAAGGUGGGCCCUAGGGCCUCCCCCAAGGACCUGGACUCGUACGUGGAAUGGGACAAAAUGUACGGCUCCGGACACUGACGGCGCGCCGGGAGGUCGCGGGAGCAGCCGCCCCUUUCUCCCAGCCCUUCCGUCCGGGAGGGGGAUGUCUUUAACCAAACCGGGCUGGGAGGGUGCCGGAGUGAUGAAUGUGGGCUGGGGGAGGGGCGGGGCUGCCGGUGGAUUUUUUUUCGUAGGAAGGAAAAUGCUUCUGCUAGGCAGAUAGAUGCCAUAUGCGCUGUGUACUCAGGUUUUUCCUAUUUAUUGUGGACGGGAAGCUCGCCAUCUCUGCCCAGCCGACGGGCCGACCCGGGACGGGCUGGCACCCGGGGCCUAAGGAACUCCUGCGCCCUCUCCACAAUCCUUUUGUCUCCUCGCGCUCUGAAUGCGCCCCCCCUCCUCCCCUUUCUCUGCAUUCGCGUAGUUUUUUCUCUCCGUGGCUUUGUCACUACUGACCUGUCCCUCAUAUGCUGGCCCCGUUUCUCUUUUGCUCCUCCCUCCCCUAUCUCUCCAUCUAUCACCCUCUGUGCUUCUGUCUCCAUCCCUUGCUCUCCAGCCUGUUUUCCCUUGGUCCUUCUCAUUCAAAGAAUGCAGUGUCCCUUUGCAGGAGAUCUGGAAGUCCGGGGCUGAGGAGGAGGGUGUGGGGAGUUCCCUCCCACCCCAUUAUCCCUCACCCAGUUGUAUCCUUGGGCCUUGGGGGGUGGGGGAAGGCAAGCAAAAGAAACAAAACAAAACAAAACAACACAAAACACCCAAAGAAGGGUUUUUGUUUGUUUGUUUGUUUUUGAGGGGGAAGUCCCAGAAAUGUAGCUUGUUUAAUAUUUUAGGCCUCUUAUUUUUGUAAGAUGUGUAGAAUUUGCUGUUUUUCGUUUUAUUUUGACAACUCAGGAAGAAACUGACCUCAGAAAGAAUGUUAGACUUUGGCUGCUCUCCUGUGUGUUCCCUGCCCCCCCACCCCUCCCGAGGAACAGAUUCUCCCAGAAGACUCAGAAAGUGAAACUUGUGGGUAAUGGGAGAGGAAGGCCCAGAGCCCCACGGACACCCCUGCUCUUCCUGGGACAGAAGCGGAAUGUAUUUCUAGGGCUUCCUCCCCAGGUCCAAGGUUGUAGGCAGGGGUGUGGGGGAGUGGGUUGUGGGAUUUGAGAGGAGGUAGGUCCUGUUGCUCUCCCCCUGAGCCCCACUCUCCAGCUUAGUGUUUUUUUCUUUAGGGUUAUCCAGAGGGAGGCCCUUGCCCCCUCCCUGUCCCAGAUCCAGAAAGAGAGGACCCAAAUGGGAAGGCGUCCGAGGCAGAAAGUCCCCAGAGUGGUCAUCUCACCUGGCCCUUCCCUAGGCAGAGAUCUUCUAUAACUUAGGAUUCCCUCGGGAGAGAAGACCGUGUGGCCACGAGUCUGGCUGGGCACAAAACUGACUACAGACUCAGCUUCCCUGUAUGUUGGGAGGCUCCAAGGAGGAAGUAGCACCAAUUACAGAAGGUUCUGUGGGGAAGCGGGCCUGUCCCGUUCUCCUAGGGUCCUCAGUUGGGAGCCCCAGGGGCUUCCAGAGGGUGAAGGGGAUGGGCAAGCUGAUUUUCCCUGAUGCUAGGAGUUUUCCUGAUGCUAGGGUGGGAGUCCCACCCAAACUUUCCACCAGAAGCCAGCCUCAGGGAGGGGGCGGGUGCGGGGGCUUCCUUGUGAGAAGAAUAUUCCUGUCCUUCCCAGCAACUUUCCCUUGAUAGGGCUUCUCUCCCUCAGGGAGCCCAUUUCACCACUCUGACUUUUGGUCCAAAGCAGGAGGCAAGCCCUCACCCUACCUCUUCUCUCUCCCACCCCAGUCUCCCUCCCUGUUCUCUGCUCACCCUUCCAGCUCCUCCAGUCUCUGUACCAUCGCCCACUCUCUGCUGGAAGGGUGUCCACAGGGGACAUUUCAGGUGCCAAGGUGCCGAGGGCCUGUGCUGGCCUAGGGCUGCUAACAGGAAAGCUGCUCUGUUUCUCCCCCACCCCCCCGCUUUUCAUCCUUGGUCUUUCUGGCCCUCCUCUCCUUGGAGCUGGCUGACCGCAGGGCUUUGGUGCCUCAGCAGCAGUGGGUUGCACUGCUGUAAAGGGCCCUUUGGAGGGUGCAGGGCGUGAGAAGUUUCUCUCAGGUGUGUGUAUGUAUAUGGGGGUGGGGGUGGAGGGCCCCGGGGAGUGGGGUUGGGAUCUCAGCCUUCCCUUCAAGAGGCAGGCAGCUGGGGGUGGGGGGGGGAACUCACUGAGACCCAGGGCCCCCACUGCCUCCUCCACUGGCCUUGGGGAGCUUUGCACAAGGAGACAGCCCCCAGUCUACUAGCACCUACCUCAUGGACACUGGGGCAGGUGGGGGGAAGGGUAGGUCCAGCUCUGGCAAUGUUGGGGGGGGGCAUACCAAAGAAUCCAGGGGCACGGAUGUGGGGAGGACAGACUCGGCAAGCUGGUCCUCCUCUUCCUCUACCCAGACUGGGGUUGGGUUCCUCUCCUCCAGCUGUAACCAUUUCUACCUCAUUUUGCUGCGUGUUGUACAUGGACGUAUUUAUCUCCUGUCUGAUGAUGCUCUGCAGUUGUGGUCUGUCUACCUCAGAAGAGACUGUAUUUUAAAAGAAAGUAUUACACAGUAUUAAAGCGAUGACAUGUG